ACGGAGACCAUGAGCAUCAUUUGGAAACGGUUAGGUCAGGCAGUGUUUAUUAAAUCUUAUAUGCAAGUAGGAUAGAAGAAAGGAUAUAAUUAAGACAGAUAUUAGUGUUUAAGGUUGAUUCGGUUAAUAUGGAUUCCGUGUCUGUCUGUGAUGAGGGCUAUGUGAGAAGAGGAAUAAAUCAGGGAUCAGCAGAAAGACCUGCUCCAAGUGAGAUCCCAAAGGUAUCAUUGUGCCCCCCAGACAGUGAGGAUGCAGAAUCUCCAAUGAAUGACAUCUCCAUUGAAAGGGACCUCAUAAACCAUCUGUCCACACCACCCUCCUCUUCUCAACAGUAUGACCAAGUGUUGCAUCAGUCACCUCGACUCAAGAGAUGCCCGUGCUGUGACCAAAAGCAGCCAAUCACAGACGACGUCUGUCUGAAUCAAACAAAUGCAUCUUCUCAUUCAGACGGCCCAAGCAAUGCUGUCAAGACAGUUCACAGGUGCAGUCCCUUCCACCAGCCUAUAUGUCACAACACAAUGCAGUGUCACUGGCUGCAAGGAUCACGUGAUGGCAGCAACUACAAGCCUGUUCAGCAUCAUGUGGUGACCGUCAGGACUGAGAGACUCCACCGGAUUCCAAAGAACUACUCCCAGGUCAUAGUUGAAUACCCGGUGACAGUUCUUAUCUCAUGCUCAGUGGUACUCCUUGCAUUCUCCCUAGCAGGGAUUUUGAUUGGUCCGCUGCCAGAUUUUUCUGAUCCUUUAGCAGGAUUCAAGCCACGUGGAACAGACAUUGGGAUUAGACUGGCAGCCUGGGCAAAGCUGCAGGAAAAUACUGGGCAUGGGAAAACACUAUCUCUGACAUCUCAGCAGUUCAUGGAUCAAAGUAUAGCACGAGAAGUCACCAGUAAAACCCAGCUCCACUUAAGACAUCGUUCCAGGAGAAUGCUACAUACAGACACUACUGAGAAUGCCUAUUUUUGCAAUGAUCCAGGAGAUCGCUAUGCCCAGCUGGUAUUCCGCUCAGGAAACUCUGACAGUCUCUGGAGUCUGAAGGCAAUCUAUUCCAUGUGUGAGAUGGAGCAAACCCAGAUACGCUCAGAUGCACAUUUUAAAGAACUCUGUCAAGUCAAAUCAGAAGCUGUUGGCAACAAAGCUGAGGGAGAGUGCUGUCCAAGCUGGUCCCUGGGAAACUUUCUGGCUCUCCUCAACAACGUCUCUUCCUGCUUCAGUCUUACAGCUCAGCAAGUGUCAGACAGUUUAGGCUUGCUCAGAUACUGUGCCCCUUACUACCAUGAUGGAAGUCUUGUUGCAUUGUGUGCAGAAAGAAGCAAACAUGGCUCAUGUGCAUCCGUCCCACAUCCCUGCAAGCGCUCCAGAAUCAUUUAUCAGAUUCUACAUUACCUGGUGGAUAAGGAUUUCUUAGGGCCUCAGACUGUUGAAUACCAGGUUCCAUCCCUAAAAUAUAGUGUCCUGUUCCUACCAAUGGUUAAAGGCAAAGCAUUAAUGGAGAUUUAUCUAAAACAUCUGGAAGGUCAUGAGCUAAUGUAUAAGAAUACUAAAAUAACUGGAAUGGACUUGGGGAUUAAGCAAAAGCUUUUCAAAUAUUACCUCUCAAGAGACUCCAUCUAUCCCAUUCUCACAGUUCUCGCACUGCUACUUACAAUGGCCUUAUAUCUUAGGUCGUUCCUUUUAUCAGCUCUGUCAUUGUUUGCGGUCAUGUUAUCACUUUUGACAUCUUAUUUUUUCUACAAAGUAGUAUUUGGCCUAUUGUUUUUUCCACUUCUGAAUCUCAUGGCCGUUCUUGUCCUUUUAGGCAGUUGCUCAAACCAAGCUUUCACCUUUAAUGACUUUUGGAAAUCCCAACUAAGCCAUAAUCCACCAGCUGCACUAGAAAACAGAAUCCACCGUGUCUUACAAGAAAUGGGGUACUUGAACUUAGUGUCUGGUUUAACAUCCAGCAUCACAUUCUACUCAGGCUACAUGAGUAGCAUUACAGUGGUGAGGUGUUUUGCUGUGUAUCUGGGUAGUGCCUCUUUAAUCAACACACUUUUUGCUCUUGUUUGGCUCCCCUGUUCCAUUGUUUUGCGAGAGCGACAUGCUGCAGGAGCUUCCACCUCUGCCUCUAAGCCAUCAUGGAAGCCAUGUUGCAUAAAACACCUUGGUGGAUUUUGGGAAACAAGUUCAAGAAAGCGGUGCCUUUUCACUAUGGGACAGAAAUUUCGGGGUCUAAAACGUGGACUCUCGGACACAUCCAAUCUAAUUUUCUUAAAAGUUCUUCCUUGUGGUGUGGUUAAAUUUCGAUACAUAUGGAUCUGCUGGUUUGCAGUCCUGGCUGCAGGAGGAAUAUACAUCUCAUGUGUAGACCCGGGCAUGAAACUGCCAUCCUCAAAUAGCAGGUCAACGCAGCUGUUUCGCUCCAGCCAUCCAUUUGAAAGAUAUGAUGCAGAAUAUCGCCAUCAGUUCAUGUUUGAGCGAAGGAAACAAGGAGAGGAUGAGCCUAUGAGCAUGACUCUCAUCUGGGGUGUCACUCCAGCCGAUGACGAUCAUUUCAAUCCAAGCAGCAAUGGCUCCUUUGUCAUAGACCCAGAAUUCAAUAUAAGCAGUUAUGAUUCCCAAGUGUGGUUGCGAAAGCUAUGCGGAAAAGUAAGAAACCAAACCUUUUAUUCAUCACCACCAGCAGACCAAGAAGCUCUGGAGGACAAUACUUGUUUUGUGGAAGACUUGAUACAUUGGGUAUCUAUUCGCCGUUGUUCUGAAAAUGAGGACGCCUUCAGGCUCUGCUGCAACAAUAUUACAUUUCCAUACCCUCCCAUUGUUUUUGAACGGUGCCUCAAAAUGAUGUUGGAAAAACAACAGGCAGAAACAGGUUCACCCAGGAAUGGAGGCCUUCGUUUUGAUUCACAAAAUCGCAUUGCUGCCCUUGUUGUGGUUUUUAAGACCUCACAGCUCUACAGCUUGAACUUCAGCCAAACUUCAAUUUUCUAUAAACAAAUAAGAUCUUGGUUCAAUAAUGAGAUUUCUAGCGCUCCAACUGGACUUAAGAAAGGGUGGUUUGUAAGCCAAUUAUUAUUGUAUGACCUCCAGCAAUGUCUGAGCUCGGAGACAUUAGUAGUGGCCGGGUUUUCCGUAGCUCUUACAUUUGUAUCACUUCUGCUGACCACUUGGAAUAUACCAUUAAGCAUUUAUGUGACAUUUGCUGUUGGGGGGAGUGUUUUUGUUACUGUUGGCCUGCUUGUGCUUCUAGAAUGGCAGUUAAAUAGUGUGGAAGCACUGUUCAUUUCAGCUGCUGCAGGCCUCUCUGUUGAUUUUGCAGUCAAUUACUGCAUUUCCUACUGCCUGGCACCACAAACUGACAAACUGGGUAGGGUUGCAUAUUCUCUUAAGAAAAUGGGCUGUCCUGUAGCCAUAGGAGCAGGAGCUUACUUCUGUGUUGGCAUUAUAAUGCUACCAGCAACUGCUUUGCUUUUCAGGAAACUUGGAAUAUUUCUCCUUCUCGUAAAGUGUGUGGCAUGCGGUUUUGCCACGUUUUUCUUUCAGUCACUAUGUUGCUUCUUUGGUCCUGAGAAGAACUGUGGGAAAAUAAUCAUUCCAUGUGCAAAAGAGCCAGCCACAGAAAAUAUACCACCUUCCUGUUCGGGUGUUGAAACACGGAACAACAAUCCAUCAGCUAACGGUACAUUUAACUGUGGUGCUGGCAGGGGAUCACAAGGGAAAAGGAAUUGUAAUAAAGAGGAUGGCGGAGCAUUCUUGUGCCCCAAUCAGCAUCGCCACAGGCAACACCAGUCAAGGCUUGGGAGGGAGCCAGAGCAGUAUGAGCUGCAACCUCUUGCCGGUCAUCUAAGUGACAGCUUUGAAAACAGCACCUGCACCAGCAAGCUGUCUAACAGACCUUCUGUUCUUUCAGAUGACAUUGAGUUCUGUGGCCUCAGUCCAAAUCGAUACUACGAAAGGAUUAGCACAGAGUCUGUGAGCGAGGAAAUAUGCAGCAGGUAUCUCAAAGAUUGUGAUACUCCUCAAGCUGUCCAGACCUCAUCCCCUUACAAAGGAAACAAAACGAAACCUGUAGUAGUUCCUCCUGGUGAUCAAGCAAAGGAAAAACGUUUGUGUGAGAAAUGCCAUAGCAGCCCUGAAAAUAAACUAUGGAACAUCUCCUUGUCAUCCUCUAGCAUGGAGGAUAUUACAGUCACAGAAACCACUGAUGACCCUAAUACAAAGUUACCUUUUUUGGAUGGGGCCUAUAGGUGUCAUGCACAUAAAAGACUUUUGUCUUGCCAGUCUCAGAGUUCAAUUGAGGGGCUUGAAGAUUCAAAUGAGACUUGUUUGAGUGACAUCGAGCCAGCAGUCUCUACCGCACCGUCCACUGUGACUGAAGGAGAGCUGCAACCAGGUCACCUCAAUGGCAGGAGGGAUACUUUGCGUCUCUCUCUGAGAGAAACGGUUUAUGACCCUGGCUCCCCAGGGUCUGGUAGGGGGCGGACAAGCCAAAGUGAGCUACCUGUAAUUUUGCCAAACAGUCAACCAGAUUUACCUGAUGUUUGGAUCAAGAGGGAUGGAAGAGGCGAGGACAGGAGUUGAUUUAAUGGAUAAAAUGAACAAACAGAUAGACCUCACCAUAUACACUUAUUUUUACCACCGCGUUAAAUCUCAAACUUGUGAUGAUGUACAGCGUAUCUGACAAUUUCUGUAUUUAUCAUAUCUGUAAAGACUUACGAAACACAACACACCUGUAAAUCCACAGUGAUAUAGGACCCAUAUUAUAAUGAGUCUAUAUGAAUUGAACUUAUUUCACUUUGCUACCUGCAAUGAUUAUACAAUAUGUGAACCAGAAAAUUUGGGACAGAUGCAAAUGCAUGUUAUAGACACUAUAAAGAUGCAUGAAAGCUGCUCCCACAUCACUUUGGGUUGCUCUUUUGCUAAUUUAAAUACUAUAAUAAAGAGAAAUUACGCAUUUUAAUAGGACUAUGGUGUCUGAAAGCAGUUUACCUAAACCAUACAUGAAAGCAAUUUCCUCGUUUUUAAAUAUUCAAAUAUGGAAUGGGCAUAAAUGAAUCUAGAAAUUUACUUUAUUUUAUUUAAAAUCAUCCAAGUGGAAAAUCGUCAUUUAUACCAGGCAUAGCUGAAUUUCCCUCGAUGUGCAUCUGCCUCGAUAAGCAAUGCUUUUCAAAAAUCUGGCUUCACGUCAUAGAGGGAGUGUAGGAACUGUCUGCAAAUAAAUAUGGAGAAAACUGGGUAAACAAUUCAAAACCAAACAAGGAACUAAUUUUGAGUCCCUGUAGAAUCUAAGCGCUUGCCAGUUAAAGACUCCUUUAAUACAAAGAUUUGUGUCUUUUGAGAAAUGUUUGGUAUUUUCCUAAUUUGUCAAAAUGUGCUUAUUUUAUACACAAUAUAUUUAUCUGUUUAAUUUGUUCAGAUCUCAACUGUGCUAUAAGCCAACCAAGUGAAGAGUUUAUAUUCAAAUAUUUAAAAGUUCUCAAAUAUAAUAUAUUCAUUGUUUUGCGUCCUACUGAAGACUUAAGUACCAGAAUUGUAUUGAAUGUAUUUGUCUGUUUACUCUUGCAUUAUGCUCAAUGUUUCGAUUAUAUCAGAUUACAGUGUAUUGUUUUGUUUAUUGUUCUAGAUCAAGAUUGUUCAAGUCAACAUAUUCGUCUAACGUAAAAAAAAAAAAGCCAUAAUUUUUUUUUUUUUAUAAUUUGAGUUUCAUGUAUCGAAAAAAAAAAAAAAACACGGCAGUUAACCCUUUAUACUGGUUUCAUUACAAAUGGACCAAUACAAAUAGGCCAGAUGAUAAUUUGUGUUGCGUAAGUGAAUCUUACUUGUUUAUUGCCAUUCAAUUUGUAAUGUAAUGAACAAGAAAGUUGUUACUCAAACAUUCCACAGCUGAUGGGCCUGUUUGCCUCUGCUGUAAUAACUUUUCAUAAAAUAAUAUCUAAGUGAAUAAAGGAGGGGAGAAAAAAAAAGUAAUUUGAUUUCUUAGAAAAUAUAAAUGGAUCAUAGUACCUGAUUUUUUUACUACGAUAGGUUGCUUUAGGAUUAUUUGCUGUAGAUGCAUACUUAUGUUAUCAGAUAAUUAUAAACUUUGUAGUCCACAUGAUGGAUGGAAAAACGAUAGUUCAACUUUAAAUAUACUAAAAAAGCAGUUUGAAUAUAUGUACAGUCUUAUUCGUAUAAAACUUUUCAGGGCUUGAAUUACUUGUUAAAUCUUUCUCUUUUGUUAUAAAAGGGACAAAAUAUAACCUUUAACAAUUUACUUCUGCCAUCUGAACUAAAUCGCUACCAAGCCAAUCAACCAAUAUCUGAUAUGCGCAUAUAGUAACUUCUUUCCUGCUCCAAACUUUAAAGUCGUCUUUAUGUGCUGUUAACUAUUCAAAUGUUUUACAAACAUUACAGUACAAAGACUUAUCUUGAUGUAAAGUGUGGUGCUAUGUUAUGUGAGACUUUGUCAAUUCUAUUUUUUCUUUUAUUAAAAGAACAUAUUAACUAGUUACUAUUGAAACACUAUGGAAUGUGAAAAAAAGACAUUUCAUUCAAAAAAAGUUUUAAUCCUUUGACAAAUUUGUGCCACUGGUGGUUUCAGUCAAUUUUCCCAGCAUUCACACAUUUAAGUCAAUCACUAUUGACAGCAUCGUUGAAUAUUUGUAGUCCAUUAAUACAUUUUAUUAAGCUGAGGUCCAUGCUUUAUUAGUAUGCCAGCAAACAAAAUGUGUCUGGAAUGCUGUCAUACCUUUUUAGUGUACAAAGUGCCAAAUGUAAAAAGUAAAAAUUAUUUGUUAUAAACAGUGAUGUCAUGUUUGAGAAACAUUGAAAUUGUUUUAUGUCGAUGUGUGAUGAAAAGGAUUAAGAAUGAAAUAUGUAAAUGUGACUGAGAAGGUCAAUAAAGAUUUAUAUUUUACUGAG